GGAUUUGCAGGCAACAUGUUUUCGCCCGAAGAAAAGCACCAUAAGGGCCACGAGAGACUAGCCAAAGGCCACCAGAAGACUGAAGACACUGCGGCCGUCCAUCCGAAUCUAAUCAGGAACAGCAGACAGUCCAACUUUGAUAUCAACGAUGAGGACGAAGAAGAAGAUUUAGAAGAUUUGUAUUACGAACCCGGUCCGGUUAUACCCGACGGGCAGGUCGAAGACGAUUACGACACGGAAAAUGGACAAUACGAGGAUAAAAAUGAUGAGUUUGACGAUCCCUUCGGGGAUUUCGAUGGAGUGGGGGCGCUCAAUCUGAGCCACGCAAACCGCCUGGAUGAAGGACCUGGGCUGGACGAUGAAGAUGGCUUGGGCUCGGGCAUGGAUGGAUCCGGAGAAAUUUCCACUGUUCCAGUUGGAUUCUCUCCAGUGGAAUCAACAGGGUCCCCUCUAGUCCAAGCCGUGCUGCCCAGUGCUCAUCCCAAAUACUACAGAAUAAUCGUGACAGUGGAAGAAUACUACGCCGAUGAGUUCCAUGAUAGGAUCAGCGAAGCCUUCCAUCAGCUCGCCUCCAAACUUGAGGCCGGAGUGCAGGAACUGUUCCAAGGCAAACCGGGCGAGCAAAUAGCAACAGUGAUCUCGAUUGAGCAGAAGAAGGACGAUCUGUUCAACGUGCGGGCUACAAUUGACUUGGAGUCCAAGGGAUGGACAGACAACGAUGGCAUCAACAAAUUCAUCUACGACAAGAUCCAGGAUAAUCGCAAGUUGGGCGAAGUGACUGUUUCUCCUGAGGACUUCGUUUUCACUUCCUUUGAAGAAGAACAGCCCAAGUGCGAAGAAGGCCAGGUAAUGUGCCUUAGCAGGCAAUGCGUAAGGGGGGAUGCUCGUUGCAAUGGAGUUAGGGACUGUAAUGACAAAUCGGACGAGGAAGGUUGCCCCACCCCCACCUUCACCCCUGCGCUAGAACCCGCGUUCGAAACCGUCACCGUUCCCUUAGCAACCAGCAGCCUUUUUACCACCAUCCCCACCACCACCACUACCACCACCAGCACCACCACCCCCACCACAACCACGCCCACGCCGGAAUUCGGCAGUGGGGAUGGUGAGGAGCCGGAGGAACCCAUUAGGGCGGACGAUGUUUUCUCGUGCGAACACGGCGAUGGAAAAUAUUACGGGGAUCAGAAAUGCGAUGGAACCAGGGACUGUAAGGAUGGUUCCGAUGAGGCCCACUGUUUUGCACCGAGUAGGUUCCUAUCUGUCGUGGUGUUGGCUAUCAAAUACUAAUCAAGGG